AUGGCUACUGAACAAUCCCCUUUACUCAGUAUUGGGAGUGAUGUUAUUGGUAAUUUAAGUUCAUCUCUUAUUAACGCAAUAUGUUCAUUCAUUUGUGAUGUGGAAUUACAAUAUUUUAAAGUACCCAUUUGGGAGAAAGAAAAAGAGGCAGAGUUGAGCGUUUCUUUUGGUAGCACUGAUGAAAUAGUUGUGUUUCAAGGUGGUAUUGAUUUUUGGAGUAUGCGAGAUGGCGGUCAAGCAGCAAGUUUAGUUUCUCAAAAAGUUGUUGAAAUAAAAGACCCUCUUGAUAAUAAUACCGAAUGGAAUAUUCAAGGAAAAAUUGCUCUAAUUCAAUUUGGAAAUUUCAGUGUUUGGGAUGUUGCUUAUAGAGCUGAACAAAAUAAUGCAUCUGCCGUUGUUUUCUAUAACACACCAGAGCAAACAAAACUUUCAUAUGUUCGAGUGAGAAUUCCUGAAUGGAAAGAAGGAGUCAAUAUCACUACUUACACAAAAAUUUUUGUCACCGAAACAUUUAACAUUGUAUGCUAUUUAAACAAUCAUGGUAAUAAAGAAGAUACAAUAAUUCUAGGUGCUCAUUUGGAUUCUGUUCCUGCCGGCCCUGGUAUGGAUGAUAAUGCUUCUGGGUCCGCAACUAUACUGGAAAUUCUGUUGACAUUAGAAAAACAACAGUAUAGGCCAAAGAAUAGAUUAGUAUUUGCUUGGUGGGGAGCUGAGGAGAUUGGACUAGGAGGAUCAAGACAUUUUGUUAGAAAACUUGUUAAAAGCAAAGAGAAAGAAAAUAUUGCCAUGUAUUUGAAUUUUGAUAUGUUAGGAAGUCCGAAUUAUAUACCAUUUAUUUUACGAGGUUCGGAUGCACCACCAGACGCAAGAAAAGGGUCAAUAAGAAUUCAGCAAAUGUUAGCAAAUGAAUUUAAUGGAUUAAGCAAACCCUACGAUGUUUCUGGCAUGUUGGAUGGUAGUGACUUUUUACCUUUCGUUCAAAAUGGAAUUCCAUCAGGUGGUCUUUAUACUGGAUCAAGUGAAAUAAAAAACAGUGAAUCAAAACAAAAAUUUGGUGGAGUUGCUAAUGUCCCUUUAGAUCCUUGUAACCAUCAAGCAUGUGACACUUUGGAUAACGUUAACAGAGAUGCUAUUUUCGUG